AAACGGUGAAACCUUUAGUUUCUGAACAUGUUGGGAACACGUGGCGAUGUGUGAGUGGUUAAUCGGGGAGAAAAACGGAAAAAGGAGAGAGAAAAAACAAACAGUUUGGAGCAUGGAAAUAUGAAAAUAUUUCUGUCCCAGAAGGAAAAGGAAAGAAUAGUUUUCUGGGAAGUGGUGUAAGAAGCGAAGAUGUAGUUGGUGUUCUGUGGAUUGGUGUAGAUCUUGGAGAAGCGGGUUGCAGGGUUUGAUAUGGUAAGGAGAAAUGGGUCGAGAAGGAUACGUUGUGCCGGCGGACCCGCAGGCAGCAAUGAAGAAGAAAACGGCGUCGAGGAAUUGGAUAAUGAUGGAUUGCAGUGGAGAGAAGACUGUUCUCGAUUUGGACAAGUAUGCGAUUAUGCAUCGUGUUCAGAUUCAUGCCAGAGAUCUUCGGAUUCUUGAUCCCCUCUUGUCCUACCCUUCUACUAUAUUGGGUCGAGAGAGGGCCAUUGUUCUGAACUUAGAGCAUAUCAAGGCUAUCAUCACUGCUGAAGAGGUGUUGCUUCGAGAUCCAUCAGAUGAAAAUGUUAUUCCUGUUGUUGAGGAGCUUCAAAGGCGACUGCCUCCUGUUAAUGCCUUUCGCCAAGGUCAAGGAGAUGGGAAAGAUUAUGGGCACCAUGAUGUUGAAGCAGGUGAAGAAGAUGAGUCUCCCUUUGAAUUCCGGGCUCUUGAGGUGGCUUUGGAAGCCAUUUGUAGUUUUCUUGCUGCACGUACAACAGAACUGGAAACUGCUGCUUAUCCAGCUUUGGAUCAGCUUACGUCCAAGAUUAGUAGCCUUAAUUUGGAUCGGGUUCGUAAAUUGAAGAGUGCAAUGACGAGAUUGACUGCUCGGGUUCAAAAGGUAUGCUUGGGUUCAAAAGGUGUGAUCACUUCUUCAAUGGUGAGGGAUGAGCUUGAACAACUUCUGGAUGAUGAUGAUGAUAUGGCUGAUCUUUAUCUGUCCAGAAAAUUGGCUGGUGCAUCUUCACCAGUUAGCGGCUCAGGUGCCCCCAAUUGGUUUGCUGCCUCCCCCACUAUUGGCUCAAAAAUCUCCAGGGUGAGUAGAGCAAGUGUGGCUACAGUUCGUGGAGAUGAGAAUGACGUUGAGGAGCUUGAAAUGUUACUUGAGGCUUACUUUAUGCAAAUUGAUGGCACAUUGAACAAAUUAACUACGUUGCGAGAAUAUAUUGAUGAUACGGAGGAUUAUAUCAACAUUCAGCUUGACAAUCAUCGAAAUCAGUUGAUUCAGUUAGAGCUCUUUUUAAGUUCUGGAACAGUUUGUUUAUCCAUCUAUUCUUUGGUGGCUGGAAUAUUUGGCAUGAAUAUUCCCUAUACUUGGAAUGAUGAUCAUGGGUUCAUGUUCAAAUGGGUGGUUAUCGUCACAGGUGUAAGUUGUGCUCUUCUUUUCGUAGUGAUCAUGUCAUAUGCUCGGCACAAGGGUCUUGUUGGAUCCUGAAAUCUAUAUAUCAAGUAGGCCGGCCAUGCAGGAUGAGUUUUAAGAAUCACUGGAAUAAUACCCUAGGGCGGGUUGCUGAGUCUUAUCAGAAAAAUGUGAAGAUGCUGUACCCUUCCUUGGAUUGGUGGCCCCUUAGUCUUCCUUAUAGAUUGCCCUUGGUAGCUCUGCUGGCAUGGUUAAUUUAUUUCUCUUUAUCUAAGAGAUUAGGGAUCUGAUCUGGCAUCAUUGCUUUAGUUCCAAGGUUGUUGUGUCUUUAUAGAAACUACCAACAGCCUGAUUAACCCAUUUCAGGCACCAACAGAAUUGUACAAUCACUCUACAGAUUACUACUGUAUUCUUUUAAUUUUGAUUCAUACUUGUUCUUACAUCUCUGAUAUAUGGCUGACUUGGGUUGCACAUAGUGCUAAUGUUCUGCAAAACAUAUCUGUAACUAAUAAUAACAAUGCAAUUGUAUUUCCAGUAUUA